AUGGGUCCUAUAGCUGGUCACAAGCCUAUGUACUUGGGUAAGGACCUGUGCAGAAGGGGAAGGUCCAACCCCUUCUUCUUCUUUGGUACCACCAUGAUUCGGGUCGGUGAAGGAGUUCUGUCAGUUGAAGAUCAGGCUUUGAGUGGAAUGAGUCCAAUAGUUGGUCAUAAGCCCAGGUACUUGGCAUUCGCAAUAGUCUGGCCUACUCUCCUAAUCCGGAGGAUGGUGUUAGUCAUCGCUGGUAUGACGCGAAAAUACCACGCAUGAGCUGAAAAUACAAGACGUGGACUUUACACCUCUAGGAACUCACCUGUUGAUCCGUCUCUCAUUAAGCUCAACAGCAGGAGGGCUUUUCAAGAAAAUCACCGAGAGAAGUAGAAUAAACUCAUAGGAAUGAAAUUUCUGUAUGACGGUUUCUGUUCUUUUUUGUCAUCGGAAGUUAAAUUUACUCAUUAUAAUUUUGAGUUAAUUUUUUUAGUUCUUCUAGCGUGAUUUUUUUGAUUUUUUUUUUAUUCCAUACAAUAAUAUUCAUUACUAAUAAUCCAUAUAAUUAUUUAUAAGACUCGG